UCAGGAUAUGGAUGGGUCCUCCUCAUCUUUGGUUCCAGGGCCUAGUGCAGGUUUGGUUCACAGCAGACUGUCUGUGUUUGGAGAAUAAAUGAGGGAGGCCACAAGAGAUUAGAAACACCUUUGAGUCCAGAUAAAACUGAACCGGAGAUUUCCAUGUUCCUGCUUAAGAAACAUGGGGAAGGUGGGACUUGGAAGGCAGAUGGUUUUAGGACUUCUUUCUACCUGGAGGAGCGGAGGCCCUGAGGCAGAACUUACUGGCUUCCAUUCCCUGGGCUUGCUGCAUCAGCAUUGUCUAGAAGGCUUGUUGGAAAUAUGAACACUUGGGUUCGACCCACACCCACGAAAUCAAAUCAUCUAGGGGGUGAGACUCAGGUAUCUAUUUUCCAUGAGCAGCUCAAUAAUAACCAGAGGCUGGGUUUGGGAGCCAGAGUACCAGUUCCUCAUCCUCUUGGAGAGGGACUGAAGUGCCUCCUGCCUGAGGGAAUUGGGCCCCCAGCCACUUCCUGGAGCAUAUCAAACUCCACCUCCAGCCCCAGCAGGCCACCCAACUCAGUCCUCCUGUGAGCGGCCAGCUCCACCCUCCCCACCUUGGUGUUACCGUCAGACCUGAGCUAGCAGUGAGUGGAGCCAGAGGAGAACAGAGUGGCUCUGGAAAGCAGGCAGGGCUUCCUGCUGAGAACUGGGCUGGCUGGCCAUGCUCUGGGCGCUCUGGCCAAGGUGGCUGGCAGGCAAGGGGCUGCCCCUCCUGGGGGCAGUGCUGCUGCGGAAGAGAGACAAGAGGGGACCUCAGUGGAGGCAAUGGAGGCGGGAAACCCACCCCUACUAUGACCUCCAGGUGAAGGUGCUGAGGGCCAGAAAUAUCCAGGGCACAGAUCUCUUGUCCAAAGCUGACUGCUAUGUGGAACUGCGCCUGCCCACUGCGUCCCCUAGCCCUGCCCAGACAAGGAUGGUGGCUAACUGCAGUGACCCUGAGUGGAACGAGACCUUCCACUACCAGAUCCAUGGUGCUGUGAAGAAUGUCCUGGAGCUCACCCUCUGUGAUAAGGACAUCCUGGGCAGUGACCAGCUCUCCCUGCUACUCUUUGACCUGAGGAGCCUCAAGUCUGGCCAACCCUACAGACACAUCUUCCCACUCAACCACCAGGAUUCACAGGAGCUGCAGGUGGAAUUUGUUCUGGAGAACAGCCAGGUGCCUGCGUCUGAAGUCAUCACCAAUGGAGUCCUGGUGGCUCAGCCCUGUCUGAGAAUCCAGGGGACCCUCAGGGAAGGCGGGACAGCCCCACAUCGAGAGUAUGGCUCUAGGCAGAUUCAGCUGACAGUGCCCGGGGCCUACGAGAAGCCACAGUUCUUGCCCCUGCAACCUCCCAUGGAGGGAGGCCUCCCAGCUACCUUCACCUUUCACGUGAACCCAGUGAUCAGCUCCAGGCUGGAUGUGGAGCUGGGGGAGAGACUCACAGUCCUGCAAAGUGGUCCAAGUGCUGAGCUGGAGGCCCACACCAACAAGCUGGGUGAGGGGGGUAUCCUGCUCUCCUCUCUGGCCCUAGGCCAAGAGGAACAGCGCUUUGUGGCCCUAGGGGAGGGCCAGGAGGUGGUUCUGAGUAUGAAGGCAGAAAUGAGCUCUGGAGACCUUGACCUGCGUCUUGGUUUUGGCCUGUGUGAUGGGGAACGGGAGUUUCUGGACAAGAGGAAGCAGAUCGUGUCCAAGGCCCUGCAGCAGGUUCUGGGAUUGAGCCAGGUGCCUGACAGUGGCCAGGUGCCUGUGGUGGCUGUGCUAGGUUCGGGAGGUGGAACCCGAGCCAUGUCUUCCCUGUACGGCAGCCUGGCAGGGCUGCAGGAACUUGGCCUCCUGGACACUGUGACCUACCUGAGUGGGGUCUCUGGAUCUACCUGGUGCAUUUCCACACUCUACAAGGACCCAGCCUGGUCCCAGGUGGCCUUGCAGGGCCCCAUUGAGCGUGCCCAGGCUCGGGUCUGCAGCAGUAAGAUGGGGGCGAUGUCCACAGAGCGCCUACAAUACUAUGCCCAGGAACUGGGGAGCCUGGAAAGCACUGGCCACAGAGUUUCCCUCAUCGACAUCUGGGGUCUCCUCAUUGAAUAUUUCCUUUACCAGGAGAAAAACCCUGCCAAGCUGUCUGACCAGCAGGAGGCCGUCAACCAGGGCCAGAACCCUUAUCCUAUCUACGCCAGCAUCAAUGUCCACACCAACAUCAGCGGGGAAGACUUCGCAGAAUGGUGCGAGUUCACACCCUAUGAGGUCGGCUUCCCCAAGUACGGGGCUUAUGUUCCCACUGAGCUCUUUGGCUCUGAGUUCUUCAUGGGGCAUCUGCUGCAGCCCCAGCCCGAGCCCCGGAUCUGCUACCUGCAGGGUGUGUGGGGCAGCGCCUUUGCAGCCAGCCUGGAUGAGAUCUUCCUGAAGACUGCCGGCUCGGGCCUCAGCUUCCUAGACUGCCACAGAGGGAGUGUAAACAUCACAGAUGACUGCCAGAAGCUCCAGCUGCACGAUCCCACACGUCUGAGGACCAGGCUCUUCACCCGCCAGGGGCCCUUCUCCCAGGCAGUGCUGGACAUCUUCACCUCCCGCUUUACCUUCGCGGAGAACUGUAAUUUCACCAGGGGCCUCUGCCUGCACAAAGACUAUGUGGCUGGCCGGGAGUUCAUGGCCUGGAAAGAUACGCACCCUGACGCCUUCCCCAACCAGCUCACUCCCAUGCGGGACUGCCUGUGCCUGGUGGAUGGGGGCUUUGCCAUCAACUCUCCGUUCCCACUCAGCCUGCUGCCCCAGAGAGCGGUGGACCUCAUUCUGUCCUUUGACUACUCCCUGGAGGCCCCUUUCGAGGUCUUACAGAUGACAGAGAAGUACUGCCUGGACCGAGGCAUCCCCUUCCCAAGUAUCGAGGUGCUCCCCGAGGACUUGGAGGAACCCCGUGAGUGCUACCUGUUCGCCAAGGCCAAGGACCCCCGCUCUCCCAUCGUGCUGCACUUUCCCCUCGUCAACCGUACCUUCUGCACACACCUGGCCCCAGGUGUGGAGCGACAAACAGCCGAGGAGAAGGCCUACGGGGACUUUGUGGUCAAUGGGGCAGACACUCCAUAUGGCAUGAUGAACUUCACCUAUGAGCCUGAGGAGUUUGAGCGGCUGGUGGCUCUGAGUCGAUACAAUGUUCUGAACAAUGUGGAGACCUUGAGGCAUGCGCUCCGGCUGGCUCUGGAGCGACGGCAGGCUGGGGGCAGGGCUGGAGGCUGA